AUAUUAACUGGAGAAGACUGGAACGAAGUAAUGUAUUUGGCUAUUGAAUCACAGGGUGGCAUUUACGGUGGUGGCAUGGUUUACUGCAUUUAUUUCAUCGUGCUUGUACUGUUCGGCAAUUGUAAGCAGUUUUUCCCGGAAUAUGAAGAAGAAGAAAGUCCAUUUGGUGGCCCGCGGCCGAUGGUCCCGUUCUCGUCCAUGUUCAUCUUUUCACCAACAAACCCGUUUGAAUAUGAAGAAGAAGAAAGUCCAUUUGGUGGCCCGCGGCCGAUGGUACCGUUCUCGUCCAUGUUCAUCUUUUCACCAACAAAUCCGUUUGUCUUUUUUAUUUCCGAACCACUGCUUCUAAAUGCCGUCCUCAGUUUCAUACUGAUAUCUUUAGUUUCUGAACGGUUUCGUGUGCUGGUGCAUUCAGUGGUGUCGACAAAAUAUUUUGAAAUGUUUGUGAUGAGUGUGAUAUGCUUCUCGAGCAUAGCACUCUCGGCGGAAGAUCCGGUGGAUGAGGAUGCGCCGAGGAACAGAGUUCUCCAGUACAUGGACUAUUGCUUCACGGGUGUUUUUGCCUUCGAAAUGUGCCUUAAGUUGAUAGACCAGGGAGUAUUGCUGCAUCCAGGCUCAUAUUGCCGUGAUUUCUGGAAUUUACUGGAUGGCAUUGUCGUUUUCUGCGCACUCAUAGCCUUUGCAUUCGCUGGAGCUGAGGGAUCAGCUGGAAAAAAUCUAAAUACGAUCAAGUCGCUAAGAGUGUUACGAGUGCUGAGGCCACUUAAAACAAUCAAAAGAAUACCGAAAUUAAAGCUCUUCAAAGGCAGAUUUUUCUACUGCACCGACAAAACGAAGCGCUUCGCGCAUGAAUGUCAUGGGCAAUAUUUCAUUUUCGAUUCUCCGGAUGAUGUGCCACGAGUGGAAAUGCGCGAGUGGCGUUUACGACCAUUUAAUUACGAUAAUACGAUCAAUGCAAUGUUGACAUUGUUUGUAGUCACAACUGGAGAGGGAUGGCCUGGAAUCAGGCAAAACUCGAUGGACACAACUGAGGAAGACCAAGGGCCGUUGCCUUUCUACAGAGUCGAGGUAAGGCUGAGCUUUCAGAUUAACCAGCUAAACUAA